AUGAAUUGCCAAGGUUCGCCAUGCAGACCAGGUUCUGCUCCAUGAUAAGACUUCUGCUCCAUGUUCUUCAAGCUGGCCAGUCAGUCAGCUAGCUAUAAAGGCUCGGUAUCAAAUCGUGUCCAAGUCUGCCACAUUCAUGAUAUGGGACACAAAUAAUGAUGCCUUCAAUACCACUGGGGCCGUAGCAUAGACGCCAUAGCUGCAGAGACAAUUGGCGACCAGCCUCAAGUUGUGAUAGGAGUCGCCUCGGGACCCAAAGACUACAUCUCUUGAUAUCAAUUGAUUGUCGAGAUGUUCGCCAGUGUACAGUUUUCAUAUGAAUUUUUUGUAUUCGAAUCACGGUUGUAUUCUCAAAUUCCAGUCACUUUAGUGAUUACAAGAGCAAUCAAUGUUCCUUCCCUCUCCCCAGACCUCGCCACCAGCGUGCCGGUGCAUCGUCCUCUUCGGAAGUCCGUGGCGUGCACCUUUGCAUCGACAUUUUGGUUCUGUUGGGGGCAGAAUGCGUCAGCUGCGGGCCAUAUUCGCACUUGUGCCCAGCAUGUGGAAAAGAAGCGGAAUGAGAAUCAGCUCUUACAGCAGAGCAGCUGUACCUUCGGCGGAAGCAGAACUCGCUCCUUCGUCGUGCCCAGCGGUUCGGGAUAUGAAGUAGGUCCCAGGAUUACGAACACGUUUUGAACAAGCCCGGAGUUUGGAAAGGCUAAGGAAUCUUCUCCUUCUGGAAUCCGGAGCUUCGGAACAAGCUUUGCAUGCCCUGGACGUGCUAGCAGGCUUCCUGACAGCAUUCAGCAUUCCCAGGUUCGUUGGGCCAGGUUUUAGUACGCGAGGGAACUGAUGUGGUGAGGAGAAUACAUGUAAAGACUAAUCACGAGCUUGAGAGUUUACUACGUAGAGUCUAACUGUAAGUCGGUCGACGACUCUAGCGAAGGUUCUCAAAAGUCGAGAACAUUUGUUUAAGGCUCUGCAAGCGUCUCGCUCAUAAUGCCUACACUGUCAGUAGAGAAUACAAAAUCAAGCUCAGUUCAUUCGGUCAAGGUGUUUAUGGAAUCAGUCACACAUGAGACUAGGAACCACGUUCUAUCAUCCAUUUCUCAUACGGUGUUCGGCGCACUGACAGCAAAUAAUAUACAUUAAACUGAG